UAGUUUCAGUCAGCUGUUGGCAGUUUGUUUUGUGUAAAUAACUGGAUGCGGAGAAAAAACUGAAUUUUGUUAUUCUAAGUCCGUCGGUUUCACACUUUCACGCAUUCUCCAUGUCGGACGACAUCAAGAAGUAUUUAGAUGGCCUGCUGCAGAAGGUCAGCGGCCUGUACGUGAUUCAGAUAACGGACCGCGACGGAGUGCCCCUCCUGCGGGUCAGCCAGGAGAAGAACGUGGACUUCGCCCUGAUGCCCUCGUUCAUUCCCACAUUCACCACCGCCUGCGACCAGGCCAGCAAGCUGGGAUUGGGCAAGAACAAGACUAUCAUCUCCAUGUACUCCAACUACCAGGUGGUGCAGAUGAACAAGCUGCCGCUGAUUCUGACAUUUGUGGGCGCGGAGAAUUGCAAUACGGGCCAUAUCCUCGCCCUGGAGCACCAGGUGGAUGGCUAUUUGGAGGACAUAAAGCUGGCCGUUACCGAGGCAUAGAAUUAAUCUACACUUUAAUAUGCAUAUUUUUUAUAAAAAUUAUUAAUCUUUAUACUUUAUUAAAAAUGAAAUGUGUUAUCUAGGGACUUAACUUAA